ACCCGAUUAGACCACGCGGCUGCUGCGGCUUUCGACCGGCGCGUCCAGCGGAUUCCCGCGCCACGUACCCUGUCCCCCCUCCUCCGCGCCCCUCCCAACCCUUCGCGGCCGUACCCCCUCCUACGGCUCCCCUCCACGGCCAGAGUGGUGCUGGAGCACGUGGCGCGCGAGUUGCAGAAGCACCGCCGCUUCGCGAAGCGCAGUGUCUACCCGGCUGCCGCAACACGCAGCGGCAGGUGUUUAGUAAACCCCGACGCUUCCACUGCAAUUCCUAGAAUGCACGUUUUGGACUGCACAUUGCUGACAGGAGCAUCAUACUGCGUUUCAUUGUAAGAGAAGGCGAAGUGAUCCAAUUUAAUUCCUGGCGAUUUUGUACAAAUGGGUGAGCAGAGUAUGUUGGCAGCAACUGAACUUUAUGUUGAUAGGCUGUAGAUCACUCUCUUGCUUUCUGAUCGAAAACGACUGCAGACUGAAAUGCCUAGGAGACAAUUCUUAACACCGAGCAACUAGUACGUCAAUAGCGUUUUUUGCUGGUAUUUUACUAGCUCUGCGAAACAUCUCCAGCUGGCAAUGUGCUAGAUUAACAAUAGUGACGACGCUAGACGCUUGCAGCAUAUCCUGGGUAGCAGACCUGUUUCAGUGAUGCUGGAGAGAUAGCUAGGAGGAAAAUAGCUACAAAGAAAAGACCUCCGCACAGUUUUAUUACGAUCGAAUCGAAGCGAAAAAGUGCUAAACUGUUUACAACGCGCAAUGCGUCGGAGGUGAUCAUGGGAAGGGCAGAGACAGUAUACAGAGUUCUGCAGCGUAGUUUGAGGGAAGUGUGAACCCCUGGAAUGCUGGGAACCCGCCGAAGAGCGUGCUGAGCGGUGUGCCAUGGAGGACGCCAAGCGUUCCUCCGCCAACAAUGGUUUUCUGCGCGACGCGGAGAAAGAGACACUGCUGAGGGACGGUGGGUCGAGGCCCGCGGCCGGCGGAGGCGGCGCGCCCGCCCCCGCAGUCAAGUACGCUCCCGCGGGGGCUGUUGGAGCGGCAAGCGUCGUAGUGGUGACGGCGGGAGGCGGCGCCGGCGGCGGCGGAAGCGGAGGCGGCGGCCACACGACGCUGGAGCGUUGCCUCGCGGCUGCCGUGUUAGCCCUGUUCGUCGCCUGCCUCGCCUUCUUGGCGCUCGCCGCGCUAUCUUGGUCCUCCUGCCAGCGCACAGAUGAGACGAGUAACAUCUGUCUCACCGAGGAAUGCGUGCGGACAGCAUCGUCGCUGCUGGCCGCCAUGGACCGGUCGGCCAACCCGUGCGUGGACUUCUUCCAGUACGCGUGCGGCACGUGGAACAAGAAGCACGUCAUCCCGGAGGACCGCAGCAGCAUCAGCACGUUCGAGGUGCUCGCCGACCAGCUGCAGGUCAUCCUCAAAGGGGUACUCGAGGAGCCCAUCAACGAGCUGGACAGCGAGGCGACGCAGAAGGCUAAGCGCUUCUACAACUCCUGCAUGAACAUCCAGCAGAUCCGACGUCUGGGGGACGAGCCGCUGCGCGGGGUGCUGCGCGCGCUGGGCGGCUGGCCCGUCACCGACGAGCAGUGGGCGCCGCCCGCCUUCAGCGUCGAGGUGCUGCUGGGCCGCCUCCGCGGAGAGUACAACGAGGGCGUCCUCAUCGAGCAGUGGGUCGGCCCCGACGACAAGAACUCCUCCGUCAACAUCCUGCAGCUGGACCAGAUGACGCUGGCGCUGCCGAGCCGCGACUACUACCUGAAGGCGAGCUCGGAGGGCGACCUGCGCGCCUACCACCGCUACAUGACCGAGGUGGCCCUCCUGCUGGGCGCCAACGCCAGCCGCGCCGCCACCGAGCUGCAGAGCGUCAUCGACUUCGAGCGCCGCCUCGCCAACGCGUCGCUGCCGGAGGCGGACCGGCACGACACGAGCGCCAUCUACCGCAAGCUGACGCUGGCCGAGCUGCAGGCCGAGGUGCCGCAGCUCAACUGGCUCGAGUACCUCAACGCCUUCCUCGAGACCGACAUCGACGACCAGGAGCCCGUCGUCAGCUACGCCAUGCCUUACUUCAUCGAGAUGGGCCGCAUCCUGCAGGAGACUGAGCGCAGGGUGAUCCACAACUACGUGCUGUGGCGGCUGGUGAUGGACAUCAUGCCGCACAUGAUCGACGACUACCAGCAGAAGCGCGUCGAGUUCCGCAAGAUCCUGCUGGGCAUCCUGAGCGAGCGCAACCGCUGGAGCCAGUGCGUCGAGUGGACCAACAAGAAGCUCGGCAUGGCCGUCGGCGCGCUCUUCAUCCGAGACAACUUCAACCACGAGAGCAAGGAGACGGCGCUGGAGAUGAUCCACACGAUCCGCGAGGCGUUCAACGAGCUGCUGGCCGAGAACCACUGGAUGGAUGACGAGACACGGGCCGUCGCCAAGGAGAAGGCGGACGCCAUGAACGAGCGCAUCGGCUACCCGGAGCUGCUCACAGACCCCGACGAGCUCAGCAAGGAGUACGUCAUGCUGAACGUGACGGAGGACCAGUUCCUGGUGAACAUCCUGAACGUGCUGCGGUACGACGCCUACCACAACCUACAGAAGCUGCGCCAGCCCGUCAACAAGGACAAGUGGUCCACAGAGCCCGCCGUCGUCAACGCCUUCUACAACCCCAACAAGAACGAUAUAGUGUUCCCGGCGGGCAUAUUGCAGCCGUUGUUCUACAGCCAGCACUUCCCCAAGUCGCUCAACUACGGCGGCAUCGGAGUCGUCAUCGGCCACGAGAUCACGCACGGGUUCGACGACAAGGGCCGGCAGUUCGACAAGGACGGCAACAUGAUGCAGUGGUGGAACAACGCUACGGUGCGCGCCUUCCGCGAGCGCGCGCAGUGCAUCAUCGACCAGUACUCGCGCUACAAGCUGGACGAGGUGGGCCUCUUCGUCAACGGCCGCAUGACGCAGGGCGAGAACAUCGCCGACAACGGCGGCCUCAAGCAGUCCUUCCGGGCUUACCGCAAGUGGGUGUCGCGGCACGGCGAGGAGCCGCUGCUGCCCGGCAUCAACUUGACCCACGACCAGCUGUUCUUCCUCAACUACGCGCAGAUCUGGUGCGGCUCGAUGCGGCCCGAGGACGCGCUCACCAAGAUCCGCUCGUCGGUGCACUCGCCGGGCCCGGUGCGCGUGCUGGGACCACUGAGCAACUCGUGGGACUUCGCUCGCGCCUACCACUGCCCGCCCGGGUCUCCCAUGAACCCCACCAACAAGUGCUCCGUCUGGUAGGCCCAGCUGCUGCUGACCUGUCGCGUCAACUGUGUCGCUGCUCACGUCGAACAGCUUUCAGUUCACUGAAGCCACACGUGUACCUGAUAUCAGGGUGGACUAAUAGGACACCUCAACAACCCUAACUUCCAGGAGUUCGCGCCCUACGUCUCUCUGCCCACUCCCGCAAUGGCCCUUCCUUCCCACGCUCUAUGAAUCUGCUGCGUGUGAGAGCUUCUGAGGUGACUUAUCCUUCUUCACUAUAAAAGUACCGUCUUUUAUGAAAUCACUGUAUUGUCUGCAGACUGUAAGGGAUAUGAUGUGCAACUAAUUCCGCAAAAAUUUCGGCAUACAAGCCGUCAACUUCUGAAGUGCCUUGGGACAGGUCUUAAUCUAAACUCGUGCCGUAAUACUAGACAUAAUCAUAGCUAAUGACAGUACACAAGAUCUUCAAGUGUAGCAUUGGUGUUACCUUGCAUAAACUUCAAACCAUUUGGAAAUGUCGUUUAUGCAGAUCGUGGGAAGAAGUGGACAUCAUAAACAGAAGGGGGACCUCACUUACGGUGCAGUGUACACCGUAAGUGAGGCUGGCAGAUUUCUCACAAUGUCACAGUCGCCUAUAAUUGGGCGCUAUUUACCUGCCAUUUUUUCAAGGCCCGACUACAGCAUUUCUGCCAUAUUGAAUGGGUCAUUACCCUAUUACCAGGAUUACACCCAACCUGUGAUGUCAUCAUAAUGUGGCAGUAAUGCACACUACAGUAUAAGUGAGAUUCACGUACUCCUAGCAUAUCUCUUACUGACGUCUGCUGAAAAUGUUCUUAUUUCAUGAAUACAAUACAACAAACCUAAGGCGCCAACUGGAGUAAAUAUAUCGAAAAAUACUGUCUUUUAGAUGAGUGUUAUUAACAUUAUUUUGCCAUAGCUGAAAGAGUGAGUACAUAAAUAAAAGAACGCCUAACUUAAUCUUGAAAUGUAAGAGAAGAUUCUUUUAUGGAUAAAUUUCCUAUUUGGGGAUAAAGCAGGGUAUUUGCUAUAAAAAUUACACCAGCAAGUUUCACAAAGGACAGGAAAGCUGCAAAAGGUGUCAUGUUAACAACAUACUUACUCUAAUCGUAUUCGACCGACUAAAGGUAAUCAACACUUUUUUUAAUCGACGUGGAUACAGUUCAGUUCCAUUUCUAGGUGUUCUUCCUACACUGUACCUGAAGUAUCCAGCAAUAGCUGCUAAACAGAAAUUUUCGCGAUAAGUGCGUAUUGUCUUAUAGGCCUCAGGACCACAGGUAUUGGCUUGGGUUUAAUUAUUGGCUUCACCAUUUACCUCCUGCAAUGGAUGACAGCCAGAGCCACUGGACAACCAGGUAUGAUUUUCUGAGACUAAAUUUUUUCCCAAAUUUAAUUAUUACUAUAGAAUAAUGGAUAGAGGAAUAUAAAAUAUUUCUGGACGUGAAACAAAAGUACCAAGAAUAGAGGAGGUCUCAAAUUUUACAGGUUGUAAGUAGUAGCAUUAAUAAAACUGAUACUGCUUACUAUUUCCACAUAUGUGUUCAGAACGCUCUUCAACUCUACUAACAGCUGUCGGCCAGCGUUUGGAUAACAUCGCAAUGCGGUGGCAGUUGUGCAGAUACGAAGAUCAUUGUUCGAUAUGCCAUCAGGAACGAGGUUUCUGGAGAAACACAGAAAACAAAAACACAAUGGAUAAGGGUUGAGAAGGAAAAUUGACAUUAAAAAAAAUCAUUUCAACCUGUAGUAGUUUUGAGAAACCAAAGAGAAUCUAAAUUUCAGUGGCAAGGCAAAACUCAGUUCCGUUAAACGUGAAUCCUUUCUAACAAGUAAACAGAUUAGCUCUUCUGGCUAUUGUGACAAGUAAACUGUUCGAAGAUUUUUAUUUAAAAGGCAAUUAACGUCUAUACCUACCUCAAAAACCUCUGAUGGUUUCUCCUGUGACGAAAUAUUAGGUAUGUAAUUAUGCUUAAGACUAUGCCCUAAAAGAAAUCACCAAGGCAAUGUCCAUAAAACUGACAAACAAGAGAAAAUAUUAACUUUAGAGCCACUAAAUUAUGGAACUUGAUAAGAGAAAAAAUUUACAAUGUGUUUUAUGUUAAUAACAGUAUAAAAUUUGGAAGCACUCUAGUUCACUGUUUUCCCUUUAAUAAACAGUUAGCAUUAGUAUAAAGUUUGGGAUACCCCCUGACACAUAUUUUCACAAUAAUAUACAUAGGUGUCUUAAGUGAAAAAUGGUAAAAAUUGCAUCACAGUGUUCAGCGAAAAAUACAAAAUUUGACAAAGUUAAAUACAUUUCUUCAACCAUACUUAUCAACAUCAAUCCUGUCUAUAGAAGAGAGUUACAAUAAUAAACGUGUGUUUCGUCAUGGAUACAACUAAAUCGGAAAAUUGUCUGAGACACAUACAUAAUUUAGCAUUUUGCACCCUUAAAACGUGAAUUAUAAAAUGUUUACACAUUCUGACAGUGACAGAGAAGAUUUUAUACAUAGGGAUUUAUUCUGUAUAAUAAAGGAAAAAAAUAAUGAGGACUGAAAACAAUUUGAGAUUGAUGAACUUUUUCAUUGCAUGUCAAAUCUGAAUUUAAUUAGGUCACUAAUACACUGGGUGAUGCACCAACUAUUUCAGAAAUGAUUGUGGAGCUCUGCGUAUUCAAUGUGGAUAAACUGAUCCUAACUUCUACAGAGUUCAAAAAAGAUAGAUGUAAAACACAUCAUUGUUGUAUGAGAAACCAUCUCAAGCAUGUUAUGGGUGACAAUAAUUUCGUUAUCUGUUGUGCUAAAUUUCGAGCAAAAAUGCUUCUCAAAAGUACACAUCUCACAUUUUUACUGGUAAGCUCAGCCUGAUAACUGUUGGUAUCUUUCUCAUAAAAAAUUUGUUAGCAAGUCAGUUUGACACAAAGAGAAAUUAAGUUGCUCUCAUUCUCACAUUCAUUUUGUGUAAUAUUUUAAAAGCUCCUAAAUGAUUAAAAUAUAGAUGGUGGAGAAGGGCGACAGCGAAUUAAGAUAGCCUUCUUUGUUUAACUGAAAUUAUAAUACGAAUUAUAGUGCUAACAUCCAUCUCAUAAAAUAGCCAAAUGGAAACCUGUAAAUGGUCUUUAAUUGUAUUUUUUAAAUAACAGAAAGGUAUGAGCGGACCAACCCGUUUUUUCUACUCAAAAAUUCGUCAAAAUGGGAACAUUUUGACACUCACAAGUGAUACACAGAUUAUUCCGAAUCUUCUAUCUGUGCAAGCCUUUCUGAUAUUUUUCAUUUUUAGGAUGAUGGAUGUACUUUAGCAGGCUCUGUCACGUGCUCAUAACAUUCUUAUUAAUCUUGGUCAGCUAACUAUGUGCAAUUUUCAUGUUUCAUUAGACUACAAGACCAUAAACUCAAAAUGUGUUUGAAUCUAUAUGUAAGCUUGGGACAGUCCUUAUGUCAGUUACUGAAACUAAUUCCUUCGUUUUAUAUAAAGAAUCUGAUGGAUUUUCUAGUCUGACUGGAAUUUAUUUAUACAGCCUUUUUAACAAAAUAACACAAAAGUGAUCCUUCUCGGUGGGCAAGUUAGCUACUGUACUGCAUCCAUUCAGUUCAAGUGCUAAAAUUCAUACUUGACCUGGUAGUAGU